AUGGACUCUGUGACAAAUUUUUUCUGGAAUGAAGAAUCUCAGGGCAAGGAUCCAAAGACACUUGUGACUCCAAGUAAUGAACAAGAUGAUACAUUUAAACAACGAAAUGUUGUUAAUUCAGAUAACACAUCCUUAAAGAAACAAACGUCAGGGAAUACAGAUGGAUCAAAAAGUGGGAACACCAAAAGUACUAAAGAUAAAAAGAAAUAUGUCGCUGAAGGAUCCAAAGAUGGUUCCACGAGUUUACAGCAAAUGAUGACAGACACCUUAGUGGAGAAGGUUAUAAAGAUGGCUUUACCACCAACUUCUGAUUCUUCAAGGAUAAAUAUUGAGCAACGUAGUGUGUUUAGUAAGACUAGACCUAGUAUGUCUGUUCAAAUAAUGAGUAAUAACUUUAUUCAAAUGAAUUCGAGACUUAGUAUUCCAUUCAUUAUGAUAAAUGAGGUAAUCCGUUUAAUGAGCUGGGAAAAUGUACCCUUCACUUUAUCCAUUUUGUUGGUAAUAACGUUUGCUAUUUUAAAACCCCUUGUAACUGCAACUUCAGGACCCUUAUUUUAUAUCCUAUUUGGUAUCAUGGUCCCUAAAUACAUGUAUGUGCAUAAACCAAAUAAGAUCAAAAAUCUGAAGAAUAAUAAUACACCCGCACAAGGUCCAGCAUUAAGGAAACCUGCCAUACCUGAACCUGUUCCAGAAUUAAGUCAGGAAUUUGUGUUGAAUCUGACAGAUCUACAAAAUCAUAUGCUAUUAUACGUAUGGCUUUAUGACACUAUUAAUUCUUUUUUGUUAAGUUUUGCCUAUUUCGUCAAUGAACAGAUAUCGUGUUUAGUUUUUAUUUUGCUCUUGUUAGUGGCAAUUUUGAACCUUUUAUUUAUCGAGAACAUUGCACAAUGGGUGCCAAUUAAAUUCAUUUUGGUGUUAUUUGUAUGGGGAUUUGUCAUUGCUAUGCAUCCAAAUAAUAGAGAAUUAAUCUUGAAACAAAUGAAUUCAGAAGAGACACGUCUUAAAACUUUAUCUUUUAUUGCAUCAUAUGAAACCUUGAUAAAGCAACAUUUGAGGUAUGUUGAAGCAAAAGAAAAUAAACUUGUUAAAGUAUAUGAAAUACAGAAAUAUAGAGAGACUUAUAAAGAAUGGAGAACUGUUGGGUUUUCAAAUGAUGAUUACUGUCUGUUUUCUGAUUUACGUAUUAAGGAAUUAAAUAUUUCCGAUUAUUGUACAAAAUUACUAGAUGAUGUGUUACCUCCGAGUGACUGGGAAUGGGUUCCAGGAUCUUCAUGGGUAUUGGAUCUGAAUCCCCAUGAAUGGGUUGAAGAUAAUUUUAUUCAGAAUGUAGAGAUUGAUUCUGAGACCAAAUGGGUAUAUGAUGUGGAUUUCGAUGGAUUUCGUGGAAAAUAUAGACGUAGGAUGUGGACAAACAUGGUCACAAGGAUUAUUCAGACGAAAGAUACUAAUUCUGUUAAUGUCGAUAAAGAUGAUGGAGAACAAGUUAUAGAGGAAGUUGUUAAUCCGUUAAGGGAAGAAAUUUCAAAUCGUGAGUCCAGUUUCCAUGGUGUUGCAAGAGACUCAUUGGCCGGUGCUCAUAAUAGUAGCAUGAUUUCUGAGGGUAACAGGAUGAAUGACUCGCUUCUCAUGGAAGGAGACGAAACUGUUGACAGUAGCCUGCCAAAUGAAGGAUCAUUUAAUGGUAUUAAUGAUAUGACGGAUUUCCUCAAUACUGCUGUUUGA